AUCGCUUUCAAACGUGAAAAAACUCAAUGUUACCAAUCACUCUGUUGCAGCGGAUCGUGCCCGUACGGAAGACGGCAAGAGCUGCAAUCAGUCUGCGACAACUCACCACACAAGCCUCAACUACGACACUACUUUCGGACCAUGAUUAUGUUGCACGGAUACGGCAGUUGCUUCAGGAUACACGACCGGCUCUACCACGGUUUGCUAUUCAAGGAGAACAUGUUAAACCAAUUUUAGGUCCAUCUCAAUUUUACAGUGAAAUGAAGGAUCACAUCCGCAAAGCUCAAAGAUCGAUUACUCUUGCCGCUCUAUACCUUGGACACAACGAGACUGAUCUGGUUGCUGCGCUUUCUGAAGCAUUAAGAGCACGGCCACAGCUUAAGUUAAAUUUGCUUUUAGACUCAUUACGUGGAACUCGAGAUUCAGGACAGGGCAGCUCAGCAUCGCUUUUGUAUCCUCUUAUGAAAGCAUAUCCAAACCAAGUGCAGAUAUUCAUGUAUCACACACCUGAUCUCAACGGGCUUUUAAAACAGGUUAUGCCUCCGCGUUUUAAUGAAGGGAUUGGAUUAAUGCACAUGAAGGUUUACGCCUUUGACGAUAUGUUAAUUAUGAGCGGAGCAAAUAUGAGCCAUGAUUACUUUACGAAUCGACAAGAUCGGUACAUCGCCUUCCAGAACAAAGAUUUAACGGAGUAUUAUUGCGAUUUAGUUUCAACUGUUUCUUCCAUAUCAUAUUCGUUACUGGAUAAUGGCGACACGUUUAAUCUGAGCAUGGACGAUGGUGUUCCUGACCCGGUAAAUGAUAGCAAGAGCUUCAAGAAGCAUGCCACAAAGAAGGCUCGAGAGUUUUUGAGAAAAUGGUCCAAAGUUCAACAAUUGCCCAUGGAUGCCUCAUAUGACACGACUCUUCACCCGAUAAUCCAGAUGGGCCCUUUUGAGAUACGGCAAGAUGAGCGGGUGACGCUUUCGAUUUUGGAGCACAUUCUUCAUGCAAAAAACCAGGACGGUUUAGCAAAGAUGUUUAUCACCUCAGGCUAUUUCAACUUUGAGAAACGAUACACAGAGACGAUCAUCCGAUCCGGGGCAGCAGAUGUAUGCCUUAUUGCAGCCGCACCUGAGGCCAAUGGAUUUUACAAUUCAGCAGGAAUCUCAAAGUACAUACCGAUGGCCUACACACUUAUAGAGCGGCGGUUUUUUAAUAACGUCAAAAGGACAGGUAAUGCGGAGCGGAUAAAGAUCGAAGAGUAUUUGCGUAAGGGUUGGACCUAUCAUGCAAAAGGUUUAUGGGUGUAUCCUCCUAAUUCCGUCCUUCCUGUCAUGACGACAAUUGGAUCACCCAACUUUGGCUAUCGGUCAAUUGUGCGGGACUUGGAGGCGCAGCUACUUAUGGUGACAUCAAACCAUAGUCUACGGAAAAGUCUUCAUGAAGAACUCCAUGCCCUUCGGCAUUAUACGUAUCCAGUGACCGAGAGAACUUUCAAGGCAGUUGAUCGUCAGGCGCCGGCAUGGGUCGGAGGAGUCAGCAGGGCGAUCCGCACAAUGCUCUAAAUUAGAAUUUGCUCAUUUUAGAAUAGACGCAGUCACAAAAACCUG